GAAUAAUUUCUCAGCAAAUUAACCCCCAAUUGAGCAAUUGAGAUUUGAGCCCCAAAAAGCCCCAAAAUUUCGAGUGCCUCUCGCUUUCUUCUUCCUUCUUCUCCUCCUCCUCCUCCUUCCUCUUUCGCCGUAAUUUCGCUUUCGAUUUCGACCCCUUUUCGGCUUCGUGUCAAUUCGCACGUGCGGUAUAUAAUUUGGGGGAGACGGUGCGAACCAACUCUCUCUCUCUCUCUCUCUCUCUCUCUCUCUCUCUCUCUCUCUCAAACCCAAUCCCUAUUCGUCGCUCUUUCUCUCUUUAUCUCGCAUCGCCGAUUGUACUGGUCGUGCUUUAUUAAAGCCCUCUAUCAAUUUUGAUCUCCGAUCGCUUAUCUUUCAGUAUGGAGGGAGUUUAUUAUGGCUAAGCAUGAGUUGGCAGUGCAGUUCUAAAGGUUUUGUUUUUAAGUUAUGUGGUACUUGCUAGUUACAGUCAGCGUGGUGAAGGAUAAAGGAGAUGAAUGUGCAGACACACACUUCAGGACCGAUAUUGGGGCAAGUGCCCAUUCAGGCAGGAUCUCAGAUGCCUGUGCUCUCCCAACAUAAUGGAAAUGCCCUUGCUCCCCAAAUGCAAAAUUUAGGUGGGCCUGCUCGUGUUAUGUCCAACAUGGAUCCUGAACUUCUCAAUGCACGCCAAAUUGUGCAGGAUAGAAUAUGGCAAAUUAUACGGCAGCGAAAACUUCGCCAGCCAAUGAAUGACAGGAAGUUUAGGGAGAUUGUUAAAAAAUUGGAUGAGGGUUUAUUGAAAAGUUCUCAGGACAAGGACGACUAUAUGAACCUGGAAACGUUAGAGAGUCGUUUGCACAAUUUGAUUAAGCGACCCCCAAAUCAAAGCCAACAGUUUCAACAGGCUGUUAAUUCUUCCUCUCCUGCUGGUAUGAUGAUACCAACUCCUGGUAUGUCACACAGUGGGAAUUCAAAUAUGAUUGUUACUUCUUCUAUGGAUGCUUCUAUGAACACCACUAGAGGAAGUACUGGCAUAGCGCCUAUGACAGUCAACACAGGAAACUUGGUGCCCACUGGUGCCUUACAUGGCGGCUCGUUCAAUAGAUCUGAUGGUAAACUGAGUAAUGGUUAUCAGCAGUCUCCUGCCAGUUUGUCUGUUGGUGCUGGAGGGAACAUAUCAUCAAUGGGUGUGCAAAGAAUGGCUAGCCAAAUGAUUCCUACCCCUGGGUUUAAUAGCAGUAAUAAUCAGUCUUACAUGAAUUUGGAUUCUUCUAAUAAUGGAGGUGGGUUCUGUACUGUUGAUUCUUUAAUGGUAACACAACCACAACAGCAACAGCAGCAUAUUGGUGGUCAAAAUAGCCGUAUACUUCAUAGCCUUGGCAGCCAAAUAAAUACUGGAAUAAGGUAUGGCAUGCUGCAGAAGUCUUAUGGGUUGCCAAAUGGGGCUCUAAAUGGUGGGUUGGGAUUUGGGAACAGUUUACCAGUGGUUAAUGAGUCUGGUACUUCUGAGGGCUAUGUGACCUCAACACCCUAUGCUAACUCUUCCAAACCAUUACAACAGCACUUUGACCAACAUCAGCGGCCGGUAAUGCAAGGUGAUAGCUAUGGAAUGAGCAAUGCUGAUUCUUUUGUGCCUGGAAACUACUAUGGUGCUGCGACAUCUGUUGGGUCAAUGUUGAAUCCUCAGAAUUUGAAUUCAGUCAGUUCAAUACCCGUGUCCAAGGCCAUCUCUCCCCUUGUGAAUAGUCAGUCAAAUAUGCAUGGUGCACAGCAAAGUGUACAUGCGAAGCCUCAACAACCUGAUCAAUUGGAAAAAGAUAUUUGUAACAUUGAAGGUAUCUACAUCAUGGAGAUCAAAAGUUUCAGCAUGGUUAGUGCGCUUGUUAAUUUGUCUUCAGAAGGACCAAAUGCUGUUCAAACAAUUUCACCUAGAAGCACAUCUCGUCCCCCCAAUUCAUCUAGUGCUGUUUUUGGAUCUUCUAAUGGCAAUCAGGAGAAACAGUUCAAAAAUCAACAGAGAUGGCUUUUGUUCUUGCGCCAUGCUCGGCGUUGUUCAGCCCAUGAAGGGAAAUGUCGCGAACGUAAUUGUGUAACUGUUCAACAAUUGUUAAAGCACAUGGUAACAUGCAAUUUACCUCAAUGCCCACAUCCUCGUUGUCAUGUUACCAAGAAAUUGGUUCAUCAUAACAAGACUUGCAAGGACCCAGCUUGCCCUGUUUGCUCGCCUGUGAGGAAUUAUCUGCUGAGACAUCCAAAUAAGGCACACAAUCAUCUAGUUUCUGAUUCUGGUUUGCAGAAUUCAAUAAAUGGAUCAUGUAAAGCCUAUGAUAGUGAAGACGCUUCAGCUAGAUUGGUUUUGAAGACAAAUCCGGCUGUUGAAACUUCUGAAGAUAUGCAACUUUCUAUAAAACGCAUGAAGAUAGAGCAGUCCUCUCAACCUGUUCUUUCCGAUAGUGUUAGUUCUGCAGUAAAAGUUUCUGCGAUUAUUGAACCCCAUGUACCCCAGGAUAUACAGAUUCAGGAUUACCAACAUGGUGAGAUUUCUAUGCCAGUCAAGUCCGAGGUUGCAAAAGUGAAAAUGGAGGUUCCUUCAAGUUCUGGACAACGGAGUGUUGAUGAGAUGAAGGAUAUUGUUGAGGAUAACUGCAAUCAAAGGCAUGAAGGUGAACCUGUCUCAUAUAAUGAGCCCGCUGGUUUAGCUAAGCAAGAAAACAUAAAACUUGAGAAUGAAACUUAUCCAGCUAAACAAGAAAAUGCUACGCAUACUGUGGAAAAUGCAGCUGGAACAAAGUCUGGGAAGCCUAAAAUAAAGGGGGUAUCAAUGACUGAACUGUUCACUCCGGAGCAAGUUAGGGCCCACAUUACAGGUCUCAGGCAGUGGGUUGGCCAGGUUAAGCAAGCAAAGGCAGAGAAGAAUCAAGCAAUGGAGCAUUCAAUGAGUGAGAACUCCUGUCAGUUGUGUGCAGUUGAGAAGCUUACAUUUGAGCCACCGCCCAUAUAUUGCACACCUUGCGGUGUUCGUAUCAAGCGCAAUGCAAUGUACUAUACAAUGGGGGCUGGUGACACACGACAUUAUUUCUGUAUUCCAUGCUAUAAUGAGGCUCGUGGAGACAUGAUAGUUGUUGAUGGGAAUAACAUUCCAAAGGCAAGGCUAGAGAAGAAGAAAAAUGAUGAAGAGACUGAAGAGUGGUGGGUCCAAUGUGACAAAUGCGAAGCUUGGCAACAUCAAAUUUGUGCUUUGUUUAAUGGCCGAAGGAAUGAUGGUGGGCAAGCCGAAUACACUUGCCCUAAUUGUUAUAUACAAGAGGUUGAAAGGGGAGAGCGUAAACCUUUACCACAGAAUGCUGUUCUGGGGGCCAAAGAUUUGCCAAGGACAAUACUGAGUGACCACAUAGAGCAAUGGUUAUUUAAGAAACUGAAGGUUGAAAGACAAGAGAGGGCAAGGCAGCAGGGAAAGAGUUAUGAUGAGGUUCCUGGGGCAGAAUCGCUUGUAAUCAGGGUUGUUUCGUCGGUUGACAAAAAAUUGGAAGUAAAGCAGCGGUUCCUUGAAAUUUUUCAGGAAGAAAAUUAUCCAACAGAGUUCCCAUAUAAAUCUAAGGUUGUAUUGUUGUUUCAGAAAAUUGAAGGUGUAGAAGUAUGCCUAUUUGGCAUGUAUGUUCAAGAAUUUGGAGCUGAAAGCCAUUUUCCAAAUCAGCGCCGUGUUUAUCUAUCGUACUUGGAUUCUGUUAAGUAUUUCAGGCCUGAGGUUAAAGCGGUCACGGGAGAGGCUCUCCGCACAUAUGUUUACCAUGAAAUUUUGAUUGGAUACCUUGAAUAUUGCAAGCUACGAGGGUUUACAAGCUGCUAUAUAUGGGCUUGUCCUCCGUUGAAGGGUGAAGAUUAUAUUCUAUAUUGUCAUCCGGAGAUUCAGAAAACACCAAAAUCUGAUAAGCUUCGUGAAUGGUAUUUGGCAAUGCUUAGGAAAGCUGCCAAGGAAGGCAUUGUUGUUGAACUCACUAAUCUAUAUGACCAUUUCUUUGUAACUACUGCUGAAUGCAAGGCCAAAGUCACUGCAGCUAGGCUGCCCUAUUUUGAUGGUGACUACUGGCCUGGUGCAGCCGAGGAUCUGAUUAAUCAGAUGCGUCAAGAAGAGGACGGGAGAAAACAGAAUAAGAAAGGAUCAACCAAAAAGACUAUAACAAAAAGGGCUCUAAAAGCUUCUGGUCAGACUGAUCUUUCUGCUAACGCGUCAAAGGAUCUGCUACUAAUGCACAAACUUGGAGAAACCAUUUCGCCAAUGAAGGAGGAUUUCAUCAUGGUUCAUUUGCAGUACGCAUGCUCCCACUGUUGUAUACUAAUGGUAUCAGGAAACCGUUGGUCCUGCACUCAAUGCAGAAAUUUUCAGCUUUGUGACAAGUGUUAUGAAGCAGAGCAAAAACGGGAAGAAAGAGACAGGCACCCUAUCAAUCAGAGGGAAAAGCAUGAAUUGCGUCCUUUUCAAAUUGCUGAUGUACCUAUGGAGACAAAGGACAGAGAUGAAAUCCUUGAGAGUGAAUUCUUUGACACUAGACAGGCAUUUCUCAGUCUUUGUCAAGGGAAUCAUUAUCAGUAUGAUACUUUACGGCGGGCUAAACACUCCUCUAUCAUGGUCCUUUACCAUCUUCAUAACCCACCUGCUCCUGCGUUUGUGACAACAUGCAAUAUAUGUCAUCUCAACAUUGAAACAGGGCAAGGUUGGCGUUGUGAAGUUUGCCCUGAAUACGAUGUAUGCAAUAACUGUUAUCAGAAGGAAGGCGGUGUAGAUCAUCAUCAUAAGUUGACAAAUCAUCCAUCCAUCACUGAUCGCGAUGCACAAAACAAAGAAGCUAGACAAAUCCGAGUUGUACAGCUUCGGAAAAUGCUUGACCUUCUGGUGCAUGCAUCACAAUGUCGUUCUGCACAAUGUCAAUACCCCAAUUGCCGUAAGGUGAAGGGGCUUUUCCGCCAUGGAAUUCAUUGCAAAGUCCGUGCAUCUGGAGGAUGUGUUCUCUGCAAGAAAAUGUGGUAUCUUCUUCAACUUCAUGCUCGAGCUUGCAAAGUAUCCGAGUGCCAUGUGCCGCGUUGCAGAGAUUUAAAGGAGCAUUUGAGGAGACUACAGCAGCAGUCUGAUUCAAGAAGAAGAGCUGCUGUGAUGGAGAUGAUGAGCCAGAGGGCUGCCGAGCUACACAACAGUUCUGGGUGACCAAAUUGUACAUAUAUAAACAGUUGCUUUGGAGAGGGGAAAAUACCGAAGGGGACAAUAGUUUUCUGCUGCUCAGCUACCACACUACUGGGAACCAGGCGGCGACAGCAAAAGCGGCGUUAGAUGGUUAAGAGGGGAUUGCAUGUUACAGUACAACAUAUUGGUUUAUAGUUCACUUUUUGAGGGAACAAUUUUUUGGCUCUGAUCUUCACAACUGAACUCUCCCGAAGAGGAAGAAAGGUGAAGUUC